GGGGGCCGGCGUGCGAGGCACGUGCGUCGCCAUCCUAUAUGUCCUCUCCCCCCUUCCUCCGGCGAGCGGCCGGUGGUUUCCUCAGAGUCCGCUGAACUCAGCACGCGCGCGCGAUCUCUAGGCUCUUUGCUCGCUAACUUAGACGUCGGUGCUACUUGGUCAGCCAGUGGUGGCGCGGGAGUGAGUAGCUGCGGGAGGCGGCGAUCUGGGCAUGGGGAACGCGAGCGCCAGGGCUGUGGAGAACGGCCACGCGGCGGCGCCGAUGGAGCAGGUGACCCCUGGCGGCGGGAGCUCCGCCGAGGCCGCGGCGCCGCCCGACGCCGUGAUGCGGGAGCUUCCUCCUCCUGUCCCCUACGUCUUCGCGCCGCAGGUUCCAGUAGCUCCGCUGCAGAUACCAAAUGAAUUUUCACCUGUUUUUAACCAUUCAUGGGUGAAUGGCUCGGAUGAAUCCACCAACAGUAGCCCCCCGGAGACGGUAAUUCCAACUCUGAUUACAUGGGGUCAAGGAGGAAAUGAGGUGUCUGUGGAAGGAUCAUGGGAUAACUGGACAUCAAGGAAGGUGUUAGAAAGGUCUGGGAAAGAUCAUGCUGUAUUGCUGGUUCUGCCAUCUGGAAUAUAUCAUUACAGGAUCAUUGUUGAUGGGGUGCCGAGAUAUGUGUCCGAACUACCUCAUGUGACUGAUGAAAGAGGGCAGGUGGCCAACCUCCUUGAUGUCCAUGAUUACAUUCCAGACAGUCUUGACAGCGUGGCGGAAUUCGACGCGCCCCCAUCGCCUGAACACAGCUACAGCGUGGUGUUCCCAGCCGACGAGGAGUUUGGCAAGGAGCCGCCUGCACUUCCACCACAGCUUCUCAUGUCUGUCCUUGGCGGCACCGACAACUCCGACGAGCACGCUCCGAAACCGAAGCCGCAGCACGUCGUCCUCGACCAUCUGUUCAUCGAGAAAGGAUGGGGGUCGCAGUCUCUGCUCGCCCUCGGAGUCACCCACCGGUUCCAGUCGAAGUAUGUGAACGUCGUGCUCUACAAACCGCUGAUGAGGAGGUGACCGGGUGACCGAUGCCGCUGGUGGAAGAUGAAAGGAAGCAGCGGCGUCGAACUAGGACUGAUUGGGGGUGAAUAAGAGAGUGUAGCUUGACAAUGUACAUAAGGGGAGAUCAGGAACCAUCUGUUUCUCUCUCUUUCUUUCUUUCUUUCUUGAGUGAACUCUUCUUGUGGCAUGAGGUCCGAACGGUCUGAACUGAACUCCGGUGAAAUGAAACAAGAGGCAGUGUUGUGAAAA